UGACAAUAAGUAAACAGAAAACAGAUAAGGAAUAUGUUAUUAACAAUUUUUUUUAUUUUGAUAUAGGCUAAUUAAGUAAUCUUAGGUCAUCUUGGAUUUUUUCUACAAUAGAUGUUCUAGCAGAUUUCAGUGAUAAUGGCUGAAAAUACUGAGCAAACUGACAAGGGAGAUAACCUUUCCUGCCUCAUUCAAGACACUGUCCUGUCAUUACAGGAAAAUGUUAAAUGUGAAAAAGCGAUUAAACUUCAAAAGGCAGUUGCAGCUUGCAUAAAUAUUUUUCUCGCCGAAGUAACUAAAGAAGAACCUAUGUUCAAACCUGCUGAGUUGAUUCAGGUAGGAAGUUUUGCGGAAGGAACGAAAAUACUAGAACCGGAUGAAUUCGAUUUUCUUGUUGUAAUAGAUGAAUUAUCCAAACCAGGGGCUGUCGCUAUAGAUAAUGAUCUUGAAAAAAUCCAAGGUCAAACACAUCUUCCACAUUCCGGAUAUGUCACCUUGGUUGUAGCAGACGACAAUUUAAAAACCAAAUGGGAGAGGUAUUGUGAAAAUGGUUUGUUGCAAUGUUUUCAAAACUCGAUUGAUCGUGCAAGAUUUGGAAGUAUCUUUAUCAAAGUUAUACGAAAAUUCUACAGUGAACAUGUACCCGUAAAGAAAGCAGAUGCAGUGAUAACUUGCUCCUCUACAGAAACAGAUUUUUUAAAUUGUGCCAUGGUAAUGCCGGCGGUUAACGAUAUAGCUUUGAAUCUGAGGAGAGUAGAAUUCAAAACACCAAAUGUGCUGAUAGACUUUGAACUAGAUGGUAUGAAAAUAGGUGUUGAUCUAUCACCUGCAAUUCGAUAUUAUAGUAUCACAGAUUGUUUCAAACCGAAUGACUGUGCUGGUGUCGCCUUAUCAGAUGCAAUUUUAAACCGCGAAUCCCUUUUGUUAGUUGCAAACAGAAACUUUGACUUCCGGGUAACAGUUACGGAAGCGGAAGUUGGUUAUAUUCAACGUAUAAUGAAACACGAACAUAAAGUGAUCUAUAUAUUUCUUAAAUAUAUAAAUUACUCAUUCACAACAAAAAAUAAGAAGUGGGAACCCUAUUCUUCAUACAUGCUGAAAAACAUUUGCCUUAGGCAUGACCUGAAUUGCCAACAUGAAACGAGAACAAUCUCAUCCUGCUUCAAGGACGUCUUAGAAGAGCUGAAUGCGUGUUGUUCUAAAUUAGAAAUAACAAGUGCAGUAAACUCUAAAAUCGACUUGUGUGCAAGUUCAGCCAUGCCGGAUAAAAUGACUUUUGGAUAUAGACAAUAUGUUGUUGAGGCUUUGACACAAAUAUCCCAACAGGCAGUGAAUAUUCAUACUUUAGAAGACUUCAACAAACUAUUAAACAGCACUGUUGAAAAUUGCCUUAAACGAUUUCGAAACAGAAUGGAUGAAACACGUUUUAGCAUGGUAUGAAGCAUAACAGUCAUGUCUAGGGCAUUAGCCAUAAGACAUUAUUCAAAAUGAAAAAGAAAACGCAGUGAAAAUAUUGUAUAUUUGUUGUGUCAAUCCCCAAAUGCUAGUGUGCUAGAACAAGAAUACGUGAUUUAUAAUGUUGAGCAUUAAACAAUUUAUCUUUCAAUGUAGGAUUGCAAUAAAGUUUUUCACUGAAUCAGAUGUU